UUGUUUCUCAAAUUGGGAAUUGUUCUUAGGUUUUGCUGAACCUCUGAAUUAAAAAUUAAAACUAAUGGUUUAAAACGCCACACUUACAUUUAUGAAUACUAAACUUUGCCAACAAAAGCAGAACAUUAAUCAAAUAUAUAUUCAUAUUCCUUAUGAAGAGACAUGACAUAGCUAAAAAAAAAAAAAAAAUAAAAAAAAAAAAAAACCAUUUUCAAAACAAAGUUGAAAGCUGGGAAUAAUAUGAUCAAUAACAAUCUUGCAGAAAUCAGACCAAAAACAAGUCGAGUAGGGACAACUCCAAAAUAAAUGAAAAAAUGUUUCCUCCUGCAGACCACAAAAUGUUCAGAAUAUAUCGACGUCACAAUUAAAUCUCUCUACAAGAAAAUAAUUGAGGUAUUUAUGAGGUCACUUCCGAAUUUUGCACCAUCUCAAUCCAGCCACAUCCUGCGUCAGACAUGUUUGUGUCGCGUCUCGUUUGCGUUGCAUCAUAAAAAGAAAAUGUUUAGGUCACUGUAUCAAGUUAAAUAUAGUUUAAUACUCAAUCUUUAAAUGCCUCUUGAGAUCCCUUCGUGCGUUUUGAACGCAAGAACGCCCACUGAAGUGAUUUCUUCACUGUAUAAACUGUGUGUUGUUCACACAGCUGAAGUUUUACUUACUGUCCUCAGGAGUAAACAGGUGGUACUACAAGCUUGCAUUUUUCAGGAAUCUUCAAAAUUUUGGUCCGGGGCAGUGCGAUUAAAUGCGUUAAAAAAAUUCACGCGUUAUUUUUGUAAAAUUAAUCGCACUGAAUUAACGCGUUAAAUUGACAGCCCUAAUUUAAAGACAAAUGUUUCUGUGGAACACUUCACUCAAUGAGGAACUGGCCGAGCAUGAGAAAGUUUCUGACCAGAUCAAGAUUACACAAAAAGAUCUGGAGCAAGAUGGCUUCUCCAAAAACCCUUUUUUCCAUGGGAUUAUUGCUGAAGUACCAGAGCACCUUAAAUCCAAAAAUGGUCAUACCAAGAUCGGUUACUCUCUGUAUUUCUACAUGUACAGCUCAUGGAAAGGCCGGGCGGUGUACAUGCAGGAUCUGUAUGUGAUGACAGAGUUCAGGGGGAAAGGCAUUGGAAAGGCUCUAAUGGCCAAAGUUGCCCAGCUUGGUCUGGCUGCUGGUUGCACUCAGUUGAAUUUCACAGUGUUGGACUGGAACAAGUCAUCACUUGACUUCUACCUGAAGCAGGGCUGCUGGGAUGUGACCUCUGACCUCGGCUAUCACUGCAUGCGUUGUGAGGGUGAUGCCCUUGAACAUUUGGCCCAGGGAGACCUUUAAAUUGUCAUGCACAUUGAAUCCCCUGUCUACUCUUAAUAAGAGCUCAGAGACACAGGUUGACACUUUACUAGAAAUUGCACACAUAAGUAAUUUUCUCUUAAAAGCUUUUACAUUACACUGAUAAGCCACAACAUUAAAACCACUGACAGGUUUAGUAAAUUACAUCAAUUAUCUUGUUACAGUGGCACCUGUCAAGGGGUGGGUCGUCAGGGUCAUGGUUGCACUCAUUUGCGUGGCUCGUCAUCAAUUGUGUGUAGAUCGCAUCACUGUUUUAUUAAUAUUAUAUGACAAAAACAAUUUUCAAGUUUUAAUUCAAUUAACAGUGAUGAAAUCACGGCUCAUUGAUGCACAUGGGGAGCGAAGGCAAGCCUGUCUGGUCCGAUCCCACAGAAGAGCUACUGUAGCACAAAUUGCUGAAAAACGUAAUGUUGGCCAUGAUAGAAAGGUGUCAGAACACACAGUGUAUCGCAGCUUGCUGAUGGGGCUGAAUAGCCACAGACCGGUCAGAGUGCCCAUGCUGACCCCUGUCCACCACCGAAAGCACCUACAAAGGGCACGUGAGCAUCAGAAAUGGAUCAUGGAGCAAUGGAAGAAGGUGGCCUGGUCUGAUGAAUCAUGUUUUCAUUUACAUCAUGUGGAUGGCCAGGUGUGUGUGCGUUGUUUACCUGGGGAAGAGAUGGCAGCAGGAUGCACUAUGGGAAGAAGGCAGGACGGCGGAGGCAGUGUGAUGCUCUGGGUAAUGUACUGCUGGGAAACUUUGGGUCCUGGCAUUCAUGUGGAUGUUACUUUGACACGUACCACAUACAUAAAUAUAGUUGGAGACCACUAACACCACUUCAUGGCAACAGUAUUCCCUGAGGCCGUGGCCUCUUUCAGCAGAAUAAUGCGUCCUGCAAUACUGCAAAAAUUGUUCAGUAAUGGUUUGAGGAACAUGACAAAAAGUUCAAGGUGUUGGCUUGGCCUCCAAAUUCCCCUAAUCGCAGUCUGAUUGAGCAUCUAUGGGAUGUGCUUGACCAACAAGUCCGAUCCAUGGAGGCCCCACCUCGAAACUUGCAGGACUUAAAGCAUCUUGAUGCCAGAUAUCACAGGACACUUUCAGAGGUCUUGUCGAGUUCAUGCCUCGACAGGUCAGAACUGUUUUGGCAGCACGAGUGGGACCUACAUGAUAUUAGGCAGGUGUAUUUAAUGUUGUGGCUUAUCGGUGUAUAUUGUAAAAUGUGAUUGAUUGGUAUGCAAAAGAGAUGUCAUGGCUACCUAGACGUUACAGAUGUGUCACUUUAUGCUUUACAUGGCACCAGGCAUUUCUCCUAACAAAGAACAAGCUCGACAAAUUUACAAAAAAAUGCACAUAAGAUAAAUCCUUAUUGUGUUGAUUUGUGGUAAUGGAGCCAUUCUCCAAUUUAAUUGUUUAUUUUGCCUUGUAUAAUAAGGUUUUAAGUAUUAAUAAACUCCCAUAUAUUUAAGUAUGCACUGUAUACAACUUGAACAUGCAACCCAUAAGUACUUCAUCCUAUAAUUUGUAUGUAACGUUUUUUACCUGUUAAAAAGGAACUGCACUUUUGAAAAUGCCGUGUACCCUCCCGAAAAUGUUACCCUAUUACAAGCUUCUGUGUCCAGUGUGCUGUGGAGGUCUGUUGUUUUGUCUGUUCUAAAUGCCAUGAAUAAAAUUAUAUA